AUGCCAAAGCGCAACCCGAACCGUCCCAGGAAAUCCUCUCGCAAGUCAGGCGCCAAGAACACUAUACCUGACAUGCACUAUCACGGCACAGCAAAUGGUCAAACGGGAUAUCAACCGUACAAUAUGGCCACUUUCACUCAACCUGGAUAUUGGUACACGUACACUCAUCCCGUCACCCGCGAAGAUGUGGUUGUGUGGUAUGACGGGCGGUACGCAGAUACUGGGGAGGAGUACUACUUGUACGGUGGUGGAGGCGGAGGUAACUACCACGAGGAAUCGCAGCAACGCUUCUCGCCGCCGCUGUACAGGUACAUUGAGGGAUAUCACGACCCCAUAUUGGAGGACCAGACAGAUCAUUGGUGGAGACUAUUCGGCCACGAUGUGCCCGCUCAGUUUAUCCUUGCGCCGAUAAAGACACCCGGCCAUGGGGAGGUGAAUGAAGACGACGGUCAAGCAGAAGAAGCAACGAGAUUGGUAGAGGGAGGAGGAAGCGAGGGGAAGUGGGACGCUGCAGCGUAUUUUGGGCCGUAUCGUAUGCUUUUCCGAGAGCCAAGUCGUGGGCUUGAGAGAGCUUAUGGUGAAGAGAAUGGUAAUGGAAAAGACAGAAGAGAAGAGGGUGGGAACUGUGCAGAUGGUAGCACAACAAGGGGGCCUAUUGACAGCUGUAAGCGAGAACACAGGGGAAGAGCUGACUGGGAGUGCGACUUCUGCGGUAUGGAAUGCUUUUGCUGGACUGUUGAUGUGAAGGUGACAGAAGUCUGA